UUUGCAAGAGAGACAUCUUUCCGUUCGGUAAAGUCUUACCGACUCGGUAAAAGCUUCUCAUACUACAAUUUGGUAGCAACGUUGUCGCCAUUUUGUGUUGUGUGAGGAACGAAGAUGCCGUUUGUUUCGAUGUUUUGUGAGAACUGAGAAUUAGUGUCAUAUUUGUCUCGUACCUGAUAAAAUGACGCAGUUUCUGCCGCCAAAUUUGUUAGCUCUUUUUGCUCCGCGAGAUCCUAUACCCUAUUUACCACCCGUUAGCAAGCUCCCGCAUGAGAAGAAAAAUGGAGGCUAUAUCGGUGUUGGAGGUUUUCUUAAAUAUUUCGAGGAUCCCAAAGACACACCACCACCGGUACGGGUGGAAACGAGAGAAGAACGCCUUGAACGUAGAAGAAGAGAACGCGCAGAGCAAGUAGCAUACAAAUUAGAGCAGGAAAUUGCAGUAUGGGAUCCUGCUGGUAUUCCAAAUGUAACAGCGGAUCCUUUCAAGACUCUUUUUGUAGCUCGAAUAAACUAUGAUACGUCCGAAUCUAAGCUUAGAAGGGAAUUUGAAGUAUAUGGCCCAGUAAAAAAGAUAGUGGUAAUUCACAAUACAAUAAAUGGCAAACCUAGAGGAUAUGCUUUCAUUGAAUAUGAGCACGAAAGAGAUAUGCACUCGUGGUGGCCGCUGCCGGCAACUAGUGCCGUUCACUAUUCCAUGCAAUCCCUGAACCUGCCUGAUAUGAUAGCUGCUUAUAAGCAUGCGGAUGGUAAGAAAAUAGAUGGUCGCAGAGUGUUGGUCGACGUGGAACGAGCUAGGACUGUAAAAGGAUGGCUUCCGCGAAGGCUCGGCGGUGGACUCGGAGGAACGCGAAGGGGUGGGCCCGAUGUAAACAUUAAACACUCUGGUCGGGAAGAUAAUGAAAGAGAACGAGAACGGUAUCGUUUGGAACGAGAGAGGGAGAAUUCUGGACGCCUUGACAGAGACAGAGAUCGCGAUCGUUUGGACAGAGAACGCAGAAGGUCCCGUGAUCGUAAAAGAAGGACACGAAGUAGGUCCCGUGAUCGAAAACGUAGACGAAGCCGUGAUCGUUUACCCGAUCCGGAUAUUGAAGAGAUUCAGAGAGACGAACGACCUCGCGAUAGGAGAGAUCGUGAUCGUGAUCGCGAUCGUGACCGGGAUCGUAAGCGAAGACGUUCCAGGAGUAACGAUCGUGAUCGUGACAGGGACCGUAAGAGAGAUAAACGUGAUCGUGAUCGCGAACGUAGAGAUAGGAAAGAUCGGGGUGAUCGUCAAGACGAAGAUACGAAAGAAAUUCGAAUUAAAGAGGAACCUUUGGAUGAUUACCCUGAUUAUAGUAAUACUUUCUCAACGUCUGGAUCAUACUUUACUGCUGUAAAAUAUGAAGACGAUAAUGACCAAGAGGUAGAAGAGAAAUACAGAAUUCCAGAAGGUCGUCCAGAUCCCCCUCCCUACAAUAAUUAUGACUCCGUACAAGAUUAUUGAUCUCAGUAAUAUCUCUUGUAUUGUUCUUUUUCGUUACCACGCACGUCACGAUGAAUUAACGCAAUUGUCAAUACUGUAUUGUAUUUCCUACUAUUAUUAGUGUAUAUCGAAUCGACCGCGUUGAGUAUUUAGUUUCUGUAUAAUUUACAGCGACCAGAUACUCAGUAAGGAUAUUGCAAGGUAAGAAAAUUUGGACUACUGAUUUGUAUGCAGUUAUUUCUAGUUGGUUGAUUUGAAAUUUUGUAUAGUUAUGGUUGGUGCGACAGUAACUUCUGUAAAUGAAUUUAGGCACAUUGAAUAUUGUCAAACUUUUACAUCCAUGAAUUUCAAUUGUCGUAGCAGUUUGUGUGAAACCUCGCAAUAUGGAACUGAGAGGUCCAUAAAUAUUCGAACUUUAUUGCGACUACUAUAAUUUCAUUAUUCUCUAUAUGUGUACAUAAGUAUAUACGAAACAUAUUACCUAAAGUUAUUUCUUUCAUGACUGCUGCAUGUAUAUUUAUAUAUACAAAUAAAAUAAAUUACACACUUAA